AUGCAACCAGAAAACGUGGUAAUCACGGCGCACUGCCUCUGCAGGAAACACACAUUUACUGCUUCGCUACCUACAUCAAGCCUACCUCUGGAAGCGACUGUCGACCACAGCGAUGGCGCGCGAUACUUGACUGGCGGUUUGUUCCUCGCCACGGCGCCGUGGCCGACGCCGCAGGAGAACGUUUCUACCUUGAAAGCAUACACCGUCUCCAAGACCGUCGAGACCUUUUCGUGUGCCACAUGUUCAUCGCAAAUGUUUCAGCGAGAAGAUGGUCAGUUGAGAGUCAUCACCGGCGUUCUAGGAAAGAACAAAGGACUCGUGCAGUACAGCAAGCACACAGGUAUGGAGGGCACGAAAGAUGGAGGGGCCGCGCCAUGGUUCGGCCAAACCGCUCCAUCCGAGCAAGCAACAAGCAAGGCGUGCGCCGAAUCCAGCGAAACGGAACUGCGAUGCCACUGCGGCGGCGUACACCUCGUACUUCAUGGCGCGCGUGCCGAAGACGCUGAAGCGUGGCGCGCGAUUGUCGAUCCCGAGUCAAAGCGAUACCUGGCAACACUCGACGCUUGCGACUCGUGUCGCACGACGGUGGGCUCCGACAUAGUCUGCUGGGCAUUUGCACCGAUUGCGCGCGUCAAGUUUGCCGGCGAGUGGUUCGGGUUUCCGACCAACGUGGCUGAUCUCAAGGCCGCUGUCCUGCGAGGCGUUGCGGGGCUCGGGACCAUGAAAGUCACACGGCCGAAGCAGGUUGACAUCACCGUCGGACUCUUGAGGCGGCCCGACGGCGCAAGAGCGAAUGGUGCGCUGAGCUGGGCGCUGGGCAGGGCGGAUUAUCUCGAGGAUGUUAAGGGGGGAUGGCGUGAGACUGUGAUCAACGGAUUUGUCGAAGGCAGCGAGCGCUGGAGGGUAGACAAGGGCGUCGCUGAGGAUUUCCUGAGGGCCAGAGGUGACGUGUGA